UGUCUGAGAACACUCCCAUUCAGAAUGCAUUGGUAUACAUGUGUAGCACGAGAAAAGUCGGACUAUCGUGCUCUGGAACAUGCUUCAAUAGAUUAACGUUUGUGCGCAUGAGCACGCAAUCGCGUGAUACCGGGUUGUAGUAUAGACGGGUUUCUGUGCAACGUCAUCGCAGAUGUGCGCGCGCAGCCAGGGGGCAGAAAGCGGGACAUUUGUCAUUUGUUUACCAGCGGAGUCAGCGGAGAACGAAAAUGACAAGGAGCUGUUGUGCUGUAAACUGCACGAAUCGGCAAAAGGAUGGAUGGAAACUGUUUAAUAUCCCGAGAGGAUCUCAUCCUUUUGCCAAGAGAAGAAGAAGAUUGUGGCUCCAGGCCAUUAAAAGGGCGGAUUGGGGUCCCGAAGGUCCUAAAGGCGGCGAGAGUCUGUGCAGUGCCCACUUCGUUUCUGGGUCACCGUCCAUGGAUUGUGAUAGUCCAGAUUUUGUUCCAUCCGUUUUUACACACAGCAGCAACAGAGACAUCUCGGGAAAGGUGGCAAGAUAUGAAAGAAAGAGAAUAAGAGAUGAAGAUAAGGCCCCUGCUACCUGCCCCACAAGCCAGCCUGAAGCAGAUACUGUAGAUUAUUCUGAAGAUUAAUGUAAGUUUGUGUCCAGAAAAGAGAUGCACCAACUCAACCUGCAGUACAACCAGCUCCGUGAUGAUUAUGAAGCUCUGAAAAGUGAACUGUAUGCCACACAGGAAGAAACUAAACAUCUGAAGGAGCAACUGAAGCAGUCCAAGUUUGGGUUUGAUUCCAUAAAAGACAUAAAAGACGAUAUUGUAAAAAGAAGCACACUUGUGCUUAAGGGUGGGUUAAGUUGGGAGAACCACCUCCUUUUGGUUCUAAUGAAAGUAAGACUUGGACUCACCAACAGAGACCUUGCCUACAGAUUUGGGCUUCCAUUCUCAACUGUAUCAAAAAUACUAAGAGACUGGAUACCCAUGUUGUCCUCAAUAGUGAAACCUUUGAUAAUGUGGCAUAGUAAGGAUGCAGUGAGAGCAAACAUGCCAAAGUGUUUUAAACCCAAAUUUAGGAAUUGUCGAUGUAUUAUAGACUGUACUGAAAUCUUUAUAGAAAGAACACACAAUCUUAAAGCAAGGGCUGAAACCUGGUCAAAUUAUAAGCACCAAAACACAAUGAAAUAUCUAAUAGGAAUCACACCAGCAGGAGCUAUAUCUUUUUUGUCUAGUGGGUGGGGAGGUCGUGCCUCUGACAAGGUAAUAACUUUAGAUUCUGGCUUUUUGGGUAAACUUGAGCAUGGUGACGAGAUCCUUGCAGAUAGAGGUUUCCUUGUUAGAGAGGAUUUGGCCAGUGUAGGAGCAACAUUAAGAAUACCAAGUUUCACGAUGGGGAAAUCUCAGUUGCCAGGUUCUUGUGUUGACACUUCACGUCAGUUGUCAAGAGUCUGCAUACAUGUGGAACGAGUUAUUGGUCAGCUUAAAACCUUUAAGAUACUGAACACUGUCAUACCCAUUAGCCAAGUCGAUAUGCUAGAUGACAUUUUGACCAUAUGUGCUGGUCUUACGAACCUUAGGGGGGCGGUGGUGGCCCGGCGAUAACUGUUCAGAGUCAAGGAGGUGUACAUUAUUUUCCAUGAUUGUGUCAGGCUUUUAAGGGCUAAUGAGGGCAAUGGUAGUCACUUUCUACUUGCUCUCACUGUCUCUCUCACGUACUCAUCACUCUCUUUCUCUCUGACUAUAAAAUUAAUAACAGUUAUGAAUAACUAAAUUUGAUCAGACAGGAUCAUUCAGAGUACAAAAAGGUUGAGAACCACGCACGCAGAACUAUUUCAUUUAUUUAUGAUAAUGGAGAAACUGCGUUUAAAGCUGACAUGGCAAAUAUUGAACAUGAACUGAAUGUUGUAAAUGCAAUAUAUUGAAGGCAAUGCAAUUAAAAUUAAAUGUACAUCUCAACAAUGAAUGAGUGUACAUAAUUAAUACUAUAUUAUGAACUCAUUUAACAUUUAUACCUGGAUUUCUUUUUUUUUUUCUAGCUUUCAACUAAGUUUUGAGUAUUAUCAUUGUCUGCCGAACUCAAACUGCACUUCUUUCUGGCGAUGAACAAUAUAUAUCAGUGCUGUUUGUGAUUUUACGUAAAUGUACAUUCAGAAAAAAAUAAAUGAACACUUAAAGAGUCAGAUGUGUUGUUUGUUUGUUGUUGUGUUGACAGUAAUGAAGUCAGUUCGAUUUUGUCAGGUGUACCUAUCCAUCUUUGCUCAUUACAUCAGUUUUUUCUUAAAUGUUGUUGUCCAGCAUGUUGUUGUACGGCUCAUCUGCUCUCACUGUUAGACCCACUGCUUUUACAUUAAAGUUCAUGUGUAUUUUCUUCAUUUCUGUUUCAUAAUUUUUACGUGCUGUGUCCUCCAUUUGCUUUCCCCACAUGACAGCGGGUACAGUAAGAUCUGUGGCAUCAUAUUGCAUG